GCUGUUGAUCUCUCGCUUGCGCGCAAAGCACACUCAAAAAUUGCAUCCCCUGUUCAAUCAUCCAUAUCUGAGGCCCCAGGAGCACAAGCUUGAAUGAUCGCGUGCUGGAGGUAGUAAUUCGCCAUCUCCACCAGCUCUCCGAGUACAAACAACCUUCACGCAGACUGGAUAUGGCAGCAGCUAUGGCCGCUUCAGACUGGAGGUCAGGAAGACGGUCCCUCUGCAGAAGGAGGCUGUGCCGCGAUUCCGACGGAUUUCAGCUCGUGUGUGGUUUCGGUGGUAUUAACGUCGCUAGCUCUUGUCGGGUAACCCUCCUCCUUCUCUGUACCUGCGGGAUGAGUAUGAGCUUGUCGGCGGCAAUGCAAAACCCUGUGACCGUGACACCGGCGAUGCGAAUGGCACUGCCGGCGGAGGGAAGGACUCGACGGAUGGGAGAUUCAAAAGACAUGCGGCAACGCGAGAAGCCGAUGAACGGUUGGAAGACGGCAACGUUUGCGAUGGGAAGCUUCUGGAUGGCAGAGGCUGUUUUUGCAUGUUACCCUGGGGUUCUGAGAACAAGGGUGGGGUACGCUGGCGGCACGAGAGCCAAUCCCGACUACUAUCACAUGGGCGAUCACGCCGAGGCCGUUCAGAUCGACUACGAUCCAACGGUGAUCAGCUAUGAGCAACUGCUGGAGAUCUUCUGGGCGAGUCACAAUCCGGUUCAGUCGUUCGGACAAGGUCCUGAUGUAGGAAGACAAUACCGAGCGAUCGUUUUCACAAGGAGCACGUACGAGGAAUCGUUGGCGAGCGAGUCGAAGAAAGAAGUGCAAGAGAGGCAUCCAAACGACAACGUAAGGGCGAGAGUGGUGAAGUUCGAGUCUUUCACGGUCGCAGAACCAUUCCACCAAAAGUUCGAGUUGAAAAGACGGCCGCAAUUGUUCCAGCUCGUCGCUCAUCUGACGGAUGCUGAGCUCCUUAACUCCAAAGCAGCAGCUGAGCUAAAUGCUUAUGCCUCAGGAUUCUGCCCUCCAGCGAUCAAACGGAUGAGGAAGCUUGAGGCAAAGCUUCGACCCUUGAUCGCUCGCCUUCGGGAACUUGACACCUCUUUUCUAGCGGAGACCGAUUAGCCGCCAUAUCCCCAUGACGUUACACGCACGUUCGUUCUUGGGCGUUGAGGACUAUAUAGUAUAUAUCCUCAAUGCUUGCGCGCUUUUCAAGGUAAAAGAGCCGUUCAGAUCGACUACGAUCCAACGGUCAUCAGCUCCUAACGCUGUUGUAUGCAUCAGUGAUUGAACUCAAUGCCUGUUUUCUGGCGGAGACUGAUUAACAGCCAAAUCCAGAUGACCUUAGACGCAUGUAUGUUCUUGCAUCGAGGACUAUAUAUCCUCAAUGCUUAUGCACUUUUGAAGAAGAAUAGCUCCUAACAGUGUUGGAGUUGUAAGCAUCCGUGCUUGAACUCAUGACCUGUCUAUCAACAGUCAGAUGUGCAUUACCUUUGCGAACCUGACGCUUGUUUUUGUGGUGGAGACUGAUUAACAAUUUAACAGCCAUAUGGCAUAUACCGAUCACCUUACAUUACAGGAAUGCAUGCUCUCAUGUUGAGGGAUAUAUAUAUAUAUACUUCUCCCUCUCUGCCUACGGUUUACCGGGCAGUUCUAUUUGACGAUAUAUAUAUAUAUAUAUAUAUGUCAAUGCUUACACACUUUUACAGAAGGAUAGCCCCCCUAACACUGGUACCCAUCAAUGUUUGAACUCAUGACCUGUCUCUCAACAGUCAGAUGUGUGGUACCUUUCUGCGACAGCGCACAUGUGCAAAGCAUGAGAGCCCUCGGCCUGGGUCGAACAGGCCUGUGCCCGCUGGAAAGGUUCUGCGCCAUCCCUAAGCGAAGGCAGGCCCGAGUAGAGGGCGAUGUGAGCAGGAAGGGCCCCGUGGUUUGGUUGCUGCACACAGCUUCUCCAACCUCUCUCUCUCUCUCUCUCUCUCUCUCUCUCUCUCUCGCCCACUCAGUUGAAGAUGCUGGGGCCCCAGCGAAGAUGCAGAGGCCCAGGGCAGUUACAGUUGAGCCCUGGGCACAUUCUGGGAGCGCCCUGGGCGCAGCUACUGGGACAGAAUGCCCCCAGCCAGGGUCUGCCUUGCCCAGCCAGACAGAAGAAAAGAGAGUGAGGCUCGCUCACUCAGGACAUUCUGGCUGACUGGAGGGCUGCAACGCUGCUGGAGAACAAGCCACGCCAGUAGGAAGAGGGCGCUGGCGGGGUGAGUGGAAGACGCUGCAAAGGCGCAGCAACCAAAGCCCGGCUGCUAGCACCAUGAUAGCCGGAGGAGGAAGGCGGAGGUCCUUGGGCGCCGGACUGUCGAGGAGAGUCGAGGAGGAGAGCAAUGUCAGAAGGCACUUACCUGGUGACGAGGAGCAGGCCGUAUCACUCAGAGUCUUCAUGCCUCGUCAGGCUGCUGUGCUUCAUGGAAUACCUGUUGUAGAUAGAGUCUAGUUCGAUAGGAGCGGUCUGAUUCUGGUCUGGGCGCUGAGCGCCAAUACAGGAGAGCAAUGUUGUUGACAUUGGUGUUGGAGGCGAGAAGAGGGCUGUCACUAUCAUUUGACUCCAGUGCUUUGCUCU